AUGACGUCAGAGCCACAACAACCCAGCCCCCGGUGUGUCAUCGUCGUCGUCCCUCCGUCCCCCGUCCCCUGUGACAGGUCAGAAUCAGCAACGAUCGCAACUGGUAAUUAUGCACACUCAACACUUUGCGCCUUGUGGAAAACGUCAUCAAAAUCUGUAGACACACUAGCCAUUACAGGACUACAGAAUAGCGCAGAUGCAGUGAGAUUUCUCCGACAUGCAGCGGACACGUCUACGGGUGGAAUUAUGGAACUGUGGGGCUCUCCAAGUUGUCACGAGAAUUCCAGCGCGUCAGAAUUCCAGAAACUCCCACAACAUACAGAACAGUGGCAUGACAUAUAGGCUAUUGCAAUGCUAGGCGUUGAAUAGCCUACCACAUGCACUCACAGUAAGAUUUCAUUAUGGAUAAUUCUGUUUAAAUAUACCCUAUUAUUUACUGUUAUUUUUUCAUAUUUUUACAAUAGAAUAGAAGAAAUCUAUACUUUAUUGGCCAUUUCGUUAGAAUAGAUGUGUCUGCCUUUUCCCCAAUGCCAACAGAUACACACACAUGUUGCAGCGGUGCAGCACUCCUGGAUGGUACACAAGGGCACAACGGCAGUGGUUUGCACAUUGGAUAAGAGCAUCAUGGUCUGGGACCAUAAUCUCCACUAUGUCCUGGCACCCCAUCUGAGCAACUGGAAUCAUGUAGCCUAACAGACAAACAGCUGAGAGACAGUCAACAUGGGGCUCUAAUUCUCCGUCACCAUGGCCUGAUGACCAGGUUCUUCUUUACUGCUCCAGGAAGUGCCUGUGUGGUUGGGUAUCCCAUGCUACCACUUCUGACCCCAACCAGCUCUGACCCCAACCAGCUCUGACCCCAACCACCUCUGACCCCAACCACUUCUGACCCCAACCACCUCUGACCCCAACCAGCUCUGACCCCAACCACCUCUGACCCCAACCACUUCUGACCCCAACCACCUCUGACCCCAACCAGCUCUGACCCCAACCACCUCUGACCCCAACCAUCUCUGACCCCAACCAUCUCUGACCCCAACCACCUCUGACCCCAACCACCUCUGACCCCAACCACUUCUGACCCCAACCAUCUCUGACCCCAACCACCUCUGACCCCAACCACUUCUGACCCCAACCAGCUCUGACCCCAACCACCUCUGACCCCAACCACUUCUGACCCCAACCACUUCUGACCCCAACCACUUCUGACCCCAACCACCUCUGACCCCAACCACUUCUGACCCCAACCACCUCUGACCCCAACCACCUCUGACCCCAACCACCUCUGACCCCAACCAAUUCUGACCCCAACCACCUCUGACCCCAACCACCUCUGACCCCAACCACCUCUGACCCCAACCACCUCUGACCCCAACCACCUCUGACUCCAACCAGCUCUGACCCAACCACCUCUGACCCCAACCACUUCUGACCCCAACCAUCUCUGACCCCAACCAUCUCUGACCCAACCAUCUCUGACCCCAACCAGCUCUGACCCAACCACCUCUGACCCCAACCACUUCUGACCCCAACCAUCUCUGACCCCAACCAUCUCUGACCCCAACCAGCUCUGACCCCAACCAGCUCUGACCCCAACCAGCUCUGACCCCAACCAGCUCUGAUCACAAACCAUUAACACUAUAAUCUAUUGACAUUUGUUUCCAGUUGUAUGUAUGCCCAACAAUAGGGUUAAGAAUAUGAUGACAUUGGUAUGAAAUUCAGGUAACACUUUAAUGGAAGGGUACCCACACAAGGAAUUCCUAAUUUAACACAUGAAUAACCCAUAAUAGCACAUUAGAAUGCAAUCAUUAUUAUGUCAACAACUACAAGUCUAGGUAGUUUAUGGUAGUGUUGGUUCAUCAAGUCUAGUUAGUAUAUGGUAGUGUUGGUUCAUCAAGUCUUGGUAGUUUAUGGUAGUGUUGGUUCAUCAAGUCUAGGUAGAUUAUGGUAGUGUUGGUUCAUCAAGUCUAGGUAGAUUAUGGUAGUGUUGGUUCAUCAAGUCUAGGUAGUUUAUGGUAGUGUGUUUCCUGACUCAGUCGUAAUGUGUAAUAUAAAGGGAUGGGAUGUGCUGUGUUUCCUGACUCAGUCCUAAUGUGUACUAUAAAGGGAUGGGAUGUGCUGUGUUUCCUGACUCAGUCCUAAUGUGUACUAUAAAGGGAUGGGAUGUGCUGUGUUUCCUGACUCAGUCCUAAUGUGUGCAGUAAAGGGAUGGGAUGUGCUGUGUUUCCUGACUCAGUCCUAAUGUGUGCAGUAAAGGGAUGGGCUGUGUAACACUUUAUUACUCAAUAUGUUACAGUGAAGAGUCUGUUCCCAGAUAUUGUUUCUAGCCUGUUCCCAGAUAUUGUUUCUAGCCUGUUCCCAGAUAUUGUUUCUAGCCUGUUCCCAGAUAUUGUUUAUAGCCUGUUCCCAGAUAUUGUUUAUAGCCUGUUCCCAGAUCUGUCUGUAGCCAACUCCUAUGGCUGUCACUCCUCUCCUCAAGAAACCAACACUUGACUCAUCUGACGUAAAAAACUACAGACCUGUAUCCCUUCUUUCUUUUCUUUCCAAAACACUUGAGCGUUCUGUCUCUGACCAACUCUCUCAUUAUCUCUCUCAGAACUAUCUUCUUGGCCCUAACCAGUCAGGCUUCAAGACGGGUCACUCAACCGAGACUGCUCUCCUCUGUGUCACGGAGGCUCUCCACACUGCCAAAGCUGACUCUCUCUCCUCUGUUUUUUUUUAGUCAUUUAGCAGGCGCUCUUAUCCAGAGCGACUUACAGUUAGUGAGUGCAUACAUUUUUCAUACUGGCCCCCCGUGGGAAACGAAUCCACAACACUGGUGUUGCAAACGCCAUGCUCUACCAACUGAGCUACACGGGGCCCAAGUGCCCUGUUGUCAUCCUCCUAGAUCUAUCCGCUGCCUUCGAAACUGUCAACCAUCAGAUCCUUCUCUCCACCCUCUCAGGGCUGGGUGUCUCAGGCUCUGCACACUCUUGGAUCACAUGGUCUCUCCUAUCAUUGCUAUGCGGAUGACACUCAACUACUUUUCUCCUUCCCCUCUUCUGACACCCAGGUGGCGACCCAUCUCUGUGUGCCUGGCAGAUAUCUCAGCUUGGAUGUCGGCCCACCACCUCAAGCUCAACCUCGACAAGACGGAGCUGCUCUUCCUCCCAGGGAAGACCUGCCCGCUCAAUGACCUCUCCAUCAUGGUUGACAACUCCACAGUGUUGCUCUCCCAGAGUGCAAAGAACCUUGGCGUGAUCCUGGACAACACCCUGUCGUUCUCUGCAAACUCGUUCCUGCAGGUUCAUGCUCUACAACAUCCGUAGAGAACAGGAAGCGGCGCAGGGUACGACCCUACCUCACACAGGAAGCGGCGCAGGUCCUAAUCCAGGUACUUGUCAUCUCCAGUCUGGACUACUGCAACUCGCUGUUGGCUGGGCUCCCCGCUUCUGCCAUCAAACUCUUGCAACUUAUCCAGAACGCUGCUGCCCGCCUGGUGUUCAACCUUCCCAAGUUCUCCCAUGUCACCCCGCUCCGCCGCACACUCCACUGGCUUCUAGUCGAAGCUCGCAUCAACUACAUAGUGGUGGAAAAAGUACCCAAUUGUCAUACUUGAGUAAAAGUAAAGAUACCUUAAUAGAAAAUGACUCCAGUAAAAGUGAAUGUCACCCAAUACAAUACUACUUGAGUAAAAGUCUAAAAGUAUUUGGUUUUAAAUAUACUUAAGUAUCAAAAGUAAAUAUAAUUGCUAAAAUAUACUUAAGUAUCAAAAGUCAAAGUAUAAAUCGUUUCAUAUUCCUUAUAUUAAGCAAACCAGAAGGCACCAUUUUCUUGUUUUUUUAAUUUACAGAUAGCCAGGGGCACACUCCAACACUCAGACAUCAUUUACAAACAAAGCAUUCGUGUUUAGUGAGUCCGCCAGAUCAGAGGCAGUAGGGAUGUUCUCUUGAUAAGUGUGUGAAUUGGACCAUUUUCCUGUCCUGCUAAGCAUUCAAAAUGUAACGAGUACUUUUGGAUGUCAGGGAAAAUGUAUGGAGUAAAAAGUACAUUAUUUUCUUUAUGAAUGUAGUGAAGUAAAAGUAAAAGUUGUCAAAAAUAUAAAUAGUAAAGUACAGUACAGAUACCCACCAUAAAAACGACUUAAGUAGUAAUAUAAAUUAUUUUUACUUAAGUACUUUACACCUUCCCAAGUUCUCCCAUGUCGCCCCGCUCCUCCACACACUCCACUGGCUUCCAGUUGAAGCUCACAUCCACUUCAAGACCAUGGUGCUUACCUACAGAACAGCAAUAGGAACUGCCCCUCCAUACCUUCAGGCUCUGCUCAAACCCUACACCCCAACAUGAGCACUCUGUUCUGCCACCUCUGGUCUCUUGGCCCUCCCACCCCUACAGGAGGGCAGCUCCCACUCAGCCCAGUCCAAGCUCUUCUCUGUUCUGGCACCCCAAUGGAGGAACCAGCUUCCCCCUAAAGUUAGGACAGCAGAGUCCCUGCCCAUCUUCCCAAAACAUCGGAAACCCUACCUCUUCAAAGAGUAUCUAAAAUAAUCCCGUUGCAAACGCCAUGCUCUACCAACUAAGCUACAUCCCUGCCGGCCAUUCCCUCCCCUACCCUGGACGAAUUGCGCGCCGCCCCAUGAGUCUCCCAGUCUCGGCCGGCUACGACAGAGCCUGGAUUCGAACCAGGAUCUCUAGUGGCACAGCUAGCACUGCGAUGCAGUGCCUUAGACCACUGCACCACUCGGGAGGGCAGCAACCUAGUUGUCUCUUCCUGUACUGGUUUCAGAAGUCACAAAUACUCUAUGUUCAGCAGACACAAAUAUUCUAUUGCUGGGCAGAUAUGCAUCUUAUACAGGCACAUACCGUGGGGACAAGUUUCACAUCUUGUUUUCUGUUAUCGGAUUCACAGUUGCUUUCCACUUGCAUAGAUCUAAAGAUAAGCCACAGCCCUUGUUUACCUUCUAACUAAGCUUUAUUAUUAUUCUUAAUACAUUUCACAAAGUGGAGUGUAAUAAUUAGUCAUUACCUAAUUCUUCUAUCAGCACCUACAGUGGGGGGGAAAAGUAUUUAGUCAGCCACCAAUUGUGCAAGUUCUCCCACUUAAAAAGAUGAGCCAAAAUACCAGCAACAGUGUGUGAAAACCUUGUGAAGACUUACAGAAAACGUUUGACCUGUGUCAUUGCCAACAAAGGGUAUAUAACAAAGUAUUGACCAAAUACUUAUUUUCCACCAUAAUUUGCAAAUAAAUUCAUUAAAAAUCCUACAAUGUGAUUUUCUGGAAUUUCUUUCCUCAUUUUGUCUGUCAUAGUUGACGUGUACCUAUGAUGAAAUUUACAGGCCUCUCUCAUCUUUUUAAGUGGGAGAACUUGCACAAUUGGUGGCUGACUAAAUACUUUUUUUCCCCCCCACUGUACAUAUCCUUAUUGUACCUGCCCCCCUGUUGGGACACAGCCCUGGUAUCAGUGAUGAGUACGAAGGUCGGUGGUGAUGAUGUGCAAACCUCCACUCCCAUUGUAGUUUACAACCAUCAUUCACUCUCCUGGAGACUACAGCGAACAGCGAACACACACAGACAGCAUCAUGAAACAACUGGUCAUAUUUUGUGUUUUUGUUUUUGCUACAUUCUUCAUGGUUCACAGUGAAAUACCAGGUAUGUUCAAUCAUUUAGUAUGUCUGUGUGAAUACCUCAGUCACUGUUCUGUCAGUACCAGGUUGUGAAUACCUCAGUCACUGUUCUGUCAGUACCAGGUUGUGAAUACCUCAGUCACUGUUCUGUCAGUACCAGGUUGUGAAUACCUCAGUCACUGUUCUGUCAGUACCAGGUUGUGAAUACCUCAGUCACUGUUCUGUCAGUACCAGGUUGUGAAUACCUCAGUCACUGUUCUGUCAGUACCAGGUUGUGAAUACCUCAGUCAAUGUUCUGUCAGUACCAGGUUGUGAAUACCUCAGUCAAUGUUCUGUCUUUAAUACAGUUUGAUUUGAAGACUGUAAUAAAUCUGUCUACCGUUCUCUGCUUAUAGAGUGGUCUUAAAACGGUUAUUUUACAGCUUCGUUGUAGCAUCAAACAUUUGUUUCCUCCUCUUCCAUUUGAAAUAAGGGAGUCUGUGCUUCACUUCAACCUCAGCUGAGUUUGGGCGGGAGGGCAAAGAAAUCAAACACACAUUUUAUUCAAUAUAAAAAAUAUUAAAAUAUGUCCACAAUAUUUAUGAAUUGAAUCAAUGAAUUUAGUUACUCAUGUGCUAUUUUCAAUAUGUUACACAUUCUAAGAUUCUGCGUUUAGUUUAAACAUUGGAUGGAACUGGGAGUACAAAGGUUCUCAUUCAAAUAGUUUAUGAUCCCUGACAGUCUCACUCUUGACAACGUGGCGGAUUCACUGACAGUUGAAGGUUUCACUUUAGAUCAAGACCUAAUAAUACAGACAGACCAGCUUGUCUUAGACAUCCAGUAUAGCCUGUGGUGUGUGUAUAAGACAAGCUAUACAACAUUAGUCAUGAUUCGUUUUUUAGGAGAAUGGGAACCUUUUGCAGUAGCAGCAGUAGCACGGGGAGCGCGAACACUGCAGCGCCGCCCUGGGCCUAUGGUUAUGGGGUCUGCGUCCUAGCGCCACGGGGUAAAGCUGAGAGUCUCUAGGGUUAAUGGGGUCUGCGUCCUAGCGCCACGGGGUAAAGCUGAGAGUCUCUAGGGUUAAUGGGGUCUGCGUCCUAGCGCCACGGGGUAAAGCUGAGAGUCUCUAGGGUUAAUGGGGUCUGCGUCCUAGCGCCACGGGGUAAAGCUGAGAGUCUCUAGGGUUAAUGGGGUCUGCGUCCUAGCGCCACGGGGUAAAGCUGAGAGUCUCUAGGGUUAAUGGGGUCUGCGUCCUAGCGCCACGGGGUAAAGCUGAGAGGCUGCCAUGAAAGGUGGUGGCUGUGAUGAAAGGAGGUGGUUUGUUUUGGAAGUCGUUGUCCUGCAGUCAAGGAGUCGGCGUUUACAGAGAACGCUACUUCUUGUAUUUUAGACGUUUUAUGACCCCAUAAAGGCUUCUAGUGUGGUGCCUGGCGGAUCCAAACACUGCAGAUUCUGUAUGGAAGGCAUGCAGCGGAUACAUCAGUACAGGAAAUCACUGUUAAACAGAUACUAUGAGAAUAACCAUUUGAAUAAAAGCGACAUAUUGAGCAAUAGGGGUUUCCUCCAGGAAGGUUCUCAACAACCUCAAUCUAACCCAGACUGGGAGCACGGCUAAUUUCUACAGACCUUAAAGGACAACUCUGCCACUUUUAACAUUUGGGUUGUUAUUAUGAAGUAUUUAGUGAUGUCACACAGUUGUAUUUACAUUUUAUGAUUUAAUGUCUAUUGACUGAUUAGUGAUUAGUAAUGAAUAAAAAAACGGAAAAUGCUUCUCUGUGACGUUUCCAAGUAGGAUCCCUGAGAUGACUAAUGCAAUAAGUGAUGGCCAGUCAUUUUCAGCUGUCUUCAGCUAUAUAACCUGUCUGCAGUUUUCUGAUCGUAUUCGAACUCCCUGCUGUAUGUUGUUAUGGUUGUCUUGGUCUAAUAACAUCUGGAAAUAUUUCAAAAACCUAUAGAAUGAUAUUUAUAGUCAGCUUACCCCAAUAUGUUUUAUGUUGUUCAAGGCCUUUGAACGGGGUAUGGUAGUAUUUGUGUCAAAAACUGCAAUGCUGCUGGGUUUUUCACACUAAACAGUUACCCGUGGGGGUGUGUGGGGGGGGGGGGGGGGGGGGGGGGGGGGGGGGGGGGGGGGGGGGGGGGGGGGGGGGGGGGGGGGGGGGUGGGGGGGGGGGGGGGGGGGGUGGUUCAGGUAUCGAUUGGUUUAAGUUGUGUUGUUUUUAAACGUAGUUGUACAGGGAUUUAGUUAACUGUGGCUAGUUGAUGAGGAGGGGAAGUUUGGCGCCAGUUUUACUGUGGCUGUGGAUGGAGGGAAGUUGGGCCAUUUUAACUUGGCUAGUGUGUGGAGGGGGUUGGCCCGUUUGACUUUGGGUUGGUGAGAGGGGAAGGUUGGACCAGUUGACUGUGGCUAUGGAUGAGGGGGGAAGUGUUGGACGCCAGUUAGACUGUGGCUAUUUGGGUAGGAGGGGGGGUUGGACGCAUUAACUGUGGGUGUGGAUGAGGGGGGGAAGGUUGGACGCCAGUUAGACUGUGGCUAGUGGAUGAGGAGGGAAGUUGGACGCCAGUUAGACUGUGGCUAGUGGAUGAGGAGGGGAAGGUUGGACGCCAGUUAGACUGUGGCUAGUGGAUGAGGAGGGGAAGGUUGGACGCCAGUUAGACUGUGGCUAGUGGAUGAGGAGGGGAAGGUUGGACGCCAGUUAGACUGUGGCUAGUGGAUGAGGAGGGAAGGUUUGGACGCAGUUAGCUGUGGCAGUGGAUGAGGAGGGGAAGGUUGGACGCCAGUUAGACUGGGCUAGUGGAUGAGGAGGGGAAGGUUGGACGCCAUCUUCAUUUCAUCUCUCUCUGGAGGUCUAGACCAUCUUCAUUUCAUCUCUCUCUGGAGGUCUAGGUCACCUAUUCUUCUGUUACUGUCUCUGUGUCUUGUCUGGUGUCUCUCUCCACCAUAUAUUAUUCUGUUGCUGUCUUUUGUCUUGCGUAUCUCUUUAGUUUUGCGAUCCAAAACGAUCAAAGGGAUACUGGGGUAGCUUAACUUGUUUCGGGCCUGUGUCUGGGUCACCUGUAUAGUCCUCUUCCCUACCAGUCACCCCUGGCUGCUGUUGUUCUGUGCUCCACUGGCCUGCCGUUCUGUGCUCCACUGGCCUGCUGUUCUGUGCUCCACUGGCCUGCUGUUCUGUGCUCCACUGGCCUGCUGUUCUGUGCUCCACUGGCCUGCUGUUCUGCGCUCCACUGGCCUGCCGUUCUGUGCUCCACUGGCCUGCCGCUCUGUGCUCCACUGGCCUGCUGUUCUGUGCUCCACUGGCCUGCUGUUCUGUGCUCCACUGGCCUGCUGUUCUGUGCUCCACUGGCCUGCUGUUCUGUGCUCCACUGGCCUGCUGUUCUGUGCUCCACUGGCCUGCUGUUCUGUGCUCCACUGGCCUGCCGCUCUGUGCUCCACUGGCCUGCUGUUCUGUGCUCCACUGGCCUGCUGUUCUCAUCGGUCCUCCUCCUUGGCUCAUACGAAAGGUAGCACGGUAGAGCAAAGUCAUUAGGGUGACAGCACUUCCUGAUUUGGCCUAGCACUUCCUGAUUUGGCCUAGCACUUCCUGAUUUGGCCUAGUUUUAGAUUUGGUUCAUUGAGAAAUGCUAGCGGCCUGACUGAAUUCAAAAUUGAGUUGGUUUCGGGGUGUGGUUUGAUGUGGGUGUCUCGUGUGUGUGUUCGCAAGUGGGAAGAUUUAACCAAAUGAUUUCGGCAAUUAGCUUCAGCCGGCUGGUUGGCGACCAAACUUUGACUUUGGAUAGCUUAUCUCUGGGGCUAGUUAGGGACCAUCAAUAAAUUACACAACUGUCACGCCCUGGCUAUGGGGACUUUUAUAUGUUGAGCCAGGGUGUUAGUUUCUAUGUGUUAGUUUCUGGGUGUUAUGUUCUAUGUUUCGUUUUCUAUGUUCUUGUUCUAGUUUAUGUGUUUCUAUGUUGGCCGGGGUGGUUCCCAAUUAGAGACAGCUGUGGCUCGUUGUCUCUGAUUGGGAACCAUACUUAGGCAGCCUGUUGUGCACUUGUCUUUUGUGGGAUCUUGUUCCGUGUAGGUUUGUGUUUAUGACCGAGGACUUCACGUUUCGUUUUGUUGUUUUGUUAUUGUUAAUAGUACUCAAUAAAAGAUGUACGCAUUUCACGCUGCGCCUUGGUCCACUCAUUACGACGAUCGUGACAACAACGUAAAUGAGACAAUAUUUUCAUGUUGCGCACCUUUUUGUUUUCUAAUUAAAUGCUUUCAAUAUUUGUAUAUGAAUUACUACAAUUUAUAAUUGGUUUGAGGUUGUUAAGUAAUUGUAAUUUGGAGCUAUUGGAAUUUUUACAUAUUGUCCCAUGUACAUAGUGUAAUUUACCGAUGGUCCCUAACUAGCCCCAUAGGGAUAUCCAAAGUCAACCCAAGUUUAACACAGGCAUUACAAUCAGGUCACAUGCAGCUGCACUCCAAAUUGAUGAUUACAAGUGUGCUGCCAAGUAAUCAUCAUUCUGACUCAUAUCGAUGUCACAUAGGCUGUUUUCUAAAUUAUAGGCUGUUUUCUAAAUGAUCAAGUUGGAUUUUAGGGAGUGGUUUAUCUUUAAAGUGACUGUAUACUGACAUGACCAGGGCAACUCAACGUUACUGUAUAUUGACACAACCAGGGCAACUCAACGUUGUAAACCCCCCACCCCCCCCCCACUCCACAGUGUACUGUUCUUGUCUUCUAACCCCCCCCCUCUCCUCUCCACAGAGUACUGUUUCCUACCACAGGACGUGGGUACAGCCCCAGUGUCAGGAGCAGAGGACUUCCAGAUCAUGCUGUAUUAUGAUGCCUCUAAAGACCUGUGCUACCCCUUCAAGUACCUGGGCGAGGGGGGCAACGCCAACCGCUUCACCCUGGAGAGAAUCUGCAUGAGGAACUGUUCCGCCAGGGCAGAGGAGAUCUAUCCAGUGGAUGGUGAGAUAACACACAUUUAAUCAUUAAUACAGGUAGGAGACUAUAACCAGUCCAGACCCUGUCCUCUCAAAAGCAACCCCUCACGGCACAACUCCUCUCCCCCCAUGUGACCUACUUGUUGUGUGUGUGUACUGACAUGUGUGUGUCACUGAUAGAUGCACACAAACACAUUACAUGUUCAUGUUUUUAAAUGUAUAUAAAUUGUAAAGUAUUUUGUCUGUAAUGUCUUUUUCAUUACGUGUCAGACCCCAGUAAGACUAGCUGUCCCCAUUGGCGUCGGCUAAUGGGGAUCCUAAUAAAUCAAAUAAAUAUCUGUCAAGGCUUCUGUGCAUUCACUGGACACAUUCAUCAUAGGAAGAGGAUAAGUGGACACAGUGUUCUGUUCAAUAAAUCCUAUUGGUAGAUACAGACAUAGCAGGUGGACACAGUGUUCUGUUCAUUAAAUCCUAUUGGUAGAUACAGACAUAGCAGGCGGACACAGUGUUCUGUUCAUUAAAUCCUAUUGGUAGAUACAGACAUAGCAGGUGGACACGGUGUUCUGUUCAUUAAAUCCUAUUGGUAGAUACAGACAUAGCAGGCGGACACAGUGUUCUGUUCAUUAUGUUUUCCGGUUAUUACAGCACAGAAAACACCCUCUAUUGUGCUAUGGCCAUAAACAAGGGCUUUACUGUGCUAUGGCCAUAAACAAGGACUUUGGAGUACCAUAUCUACAGAGGAAGUCGUUUCUAUUGCCCCUGCUAUGACACCUAUGUAGGUGGUGGGAUGGUGGGGUGUGUUUCAGGAGAGAGGGAGAGAGAGAGAAAGAGAGAGAAGAGAGAGAUCACUAGAGACGAGAGCUAUCGAGAUCGUAUAUAUAUCUCUAGAUAUCUACCUAUAUCUCGAUCUCUGCUCUCUCGCUAUCUCUCUCCCUCUCUUCGCUCUCUUCUCCUCUCUCUCUAUCUCUCUCUCUCUCUUCUCUCUCUCUCUCUCUCUCUCUUCUUCCCUCUCUCCUUCUCUCUUUCCUCUCUCUAUCUACUCUCUAUCUCUCUUUAUCUUCUUGCUGUCUUUCUAUCUCUCUCUCUCUCUUCUUCUUCUCCCUCUUCCCUAUCUCUCUCUCUUCUCUCUCUUCUCUCUAUAUCUCUCUUCUUUUCUCUCCCUCUCUCUCUCUCUCUCUCGUCUCUCUCCUCCUCUUCUCUCUCUCUCUCUCUCUCUCUCUCUCUCUCUCUCUCCCUCUCUCUCUACUAUAUAUAUAUAUAUAUAUAUUAGAUAUAUCUAUAUAUAUAUAUAUAUAUCUAGAUAAUAUAAUAGCUCUCAUAUUUUUACUUUCCGUUCUAAUUUUUUUUUGGGUGUUUGAGUUUUUACCACCUAAAUGUGAGGCAGAGAUCAUCCAUAAUGUCUGAAAUGAGAAGAGUAACUCAUUCAAAGCCUACUACUGAUCUCAGGGCUAAAUUUGGACUGCGGGUGAUUUUAUUUCCCCCUCCUAAGUUUUCUGAGCAAAUGUAAUUAUAUAUAUUUUUAGAAAUCGUUGUUAGACAUAGAAGACUGUCAAAUCACCAAUACAUUUUAUUUAGGAAUUCUGUUCCCAGGUAUUCCCACUCAUAAAUAGAGAGCCACAUGUGAUCGUAUCCCAACAUCGUCAAGGUCUGAAAUGAUUAUGUUAUAGUCCAAUACUAUAUCUGUUUGGGAUUCUUGAGGUCAAUUUGUAGUGUACAAAUUAUUUAUAACUAUGUUCCGGCCCCCCGACCAUCCGCUCAAGGUAAAUCGGCCCACGACUGAAUCUGGUUGACGAUCCCUGGUUUACAGUAGAAGCACUAACGCAACCGUGUACUAAUGUGCAGCAGAACGUUUUCCUUAAUUGCAAUGUGCCACCAUGUGGCACAACAUAGUAACAACACCCAGAACAAUGUCACGUCAGGGACAACUUUUUUAAAAUCGGUUGAACAAAUAUAACUACUGAUCUGUGUGAAACCUCCAAAUUGAACCUACACGGAAAUCACAUCAUUUGAAAAUAUCCACUGAAGUCUUCUUAGUGUGUGAUUAAUGGUUAGUCUCUCUCCCUACCCUAACCCCUAACCCCUUCUCCUUCCCCCUGUCCAGAGUCAAAGGCCUGCCACUACAGGAAGGCUCUGGGGGAAUGCUACGGUACCUACCUGCGCUACUACUACGACCCCAUCCACUCAAAGUGUAAGAAGUUCCACUGGACCGGCUGUGUGGGGAACGGGAACCGGUUCAUCGACCAUCAGGCCUGCAACGCCACCUGUGCUGGGAUUCAUGGUGACGUAAAAUAAUGACAUAACAUUACAUAACAUGACAGAAGAUGGCAUAACAUGACAUAACACAUAACAUAGCAUAAAACUGAUACUAUAUUUCGAAUAAUCGGAUAUAAUAAUCUUAUAAUCUUGAUAAUAAUCGGAUGUUUUGUCAUCAGAUGAUGGUACUGAGGAGGAGGAGGAUGAGCCCGAUACUCCUAUUGGUGAGUAGAGAGAUAGUUCUAUAUACUCCUAUUGGUGAGUAGAGAGAUAGGUCUAUAUACUCCUAUUGGUGAGUAGAGAGAUAGGUCUCAUAUGUAUUCUACGCCAAGGGAUCUGAUUGGACCACAUAACUCCACCCCAAUCAGACCACAUAACUCCACCCCAAUCAGACCACAUAACUCCACCCCAAUCAGACCACAUAACUCCACCCCAAUCAGACCACAUAACUCCACCCCAAUCAGACCACAUAUCUCCACCCCAACCACACCACAUACACUACAUGACCAAAGUAUGUGGACACCUGCUCUUCGAACAUCUCAUUACAAAAUCAUGAGCAUUAAUAUGGAGUUGGUCCCCCCUUUGCUGCUAUAACAGCCUCCACUCUUCUGGGAAGGCUUUCCACUAGAUGUUGGAACAUUGCUGCGGAGACUUGCUUCCAUUCAGCCAGAAGAGCAUUAGUGAGGUCGGACACUGAUGUUGGGCGAUUAGGCCUGGCUCGCAGUCGGCGUUCCAAUUCAUCCCAAAGAUGUUCGAUUGGAGUUAAAGUCAGGGCUCUCCUCAGGCCAGUCAAGUUCUUCCACACCAAUCUCAACAAACCAUUUCUGUAUGGACCUUGCUUUGUGCACGGGGGCAUUGUCAUGCUGAAACAGGAAAGGGCCUUCCCAAACUGUUACCAAAAAGUUGGAAACACAGAGUCGUUUAGGAUGUCAUUGUAUGCUGUAGCGUUAAGAUUUCCCUUCACUGGAACUAAGGGGCCCAAACCAUGAAAAACAGCCCCAGACCCUUAUUCCUCCUCCACCAAACUUUACAGGUGGCACUAUGCAUUCAGGCAGGUAGCGUUCUCCUGGCAUCCGCCAAACCCAUAUUCGUCCAUCGGACUGCCAGAUGGUGAAGCGUGAUUCAUCACUCCAGAGAACGCAUUUCCACUGCUCCAGAGUCCAAUGGCGGCAAGCUUUACAACACUCCAGCCAACGAUUGGCAUUGCGCAUGGUGAUCUUAGGCUUGUGUGCGGCUGCUCGGCCAUGGAAACGCAUUUCAUGAAGCUCCCGACGAACAGCUCAUGUGCUGACGUUGCUUCCAGAGGCAGAUUGGAACUCAGUAGUGAGUGUUGCAACCGAGGACAGACAAUUUUUACGAGCUUCAGCACUCGGUGGUCCCGUUCUGUGAGCUCGUGUGGUCCCGUUCUGUUCUGUGAGCUCUCUCUCUACCACUUGCGGCUGAGCCGUUGUUGCUCCUAGACGUUUCCACUUCACAAUAACAUUUACAUUUUAGUCAUUUAGCAGACGCUCUUAUCCAGAGCGACUUACAGUUAGUGAAUACAUAUUUAUUUUUAUUAUUUUUUUAUACUGGCCCCCCAUGGGAAUCGAACCCACAACCCUGGCGUUGCAAACGCUAUGCUCUAUCAACUGAGCUACAUCCCUGCCGGCCAUUCCCUCCCCUACCCUGGGCCAAUUGUGCGCCGCCCAUGUGUCUCCCGGUCGCGGCCGGCUGCGACAGAGCCUGGAUUCGAACCAGGAUCUCUAGACCACUGCGCCACUCAGGAGCCAGCACUUACAGUACUUACAGUUGACCGGGGCAGCUCUAGCAGGGCAGAUAUUUUACAACUGACUUGUUGGAAAGGUGGCAUCCUAUGACGGUGCCACGUUGAAAGUCACUGAGCUCUUCAGUACAGGCCAUUCUACUGCCAAUGUUUGUCUAUGGAGAUUGCAUGGCUGUGUGCUCGAUUUUAUACACCUGUCAGCAACGGUUGUGGCUGAAAUAGUAAAAUCCACUAAUUUUAAGGGGUGUCCAUGUACCUUUGUAUAUAGAGUGUAGGUCUAUUCAAUAACAACAAAAACAACAACAAAAAUGUACAGUCGUCGUCAAAAGUUUUGAGAAUGACACAAGUAUUGGUCUUCACAAGUUCGCUGCUUCAGUGUUAUGAGAUAUUUUUGUCAGAUGUUACUAUGGUAUACUGAAGUAUAAUUACAAGCAUUCCAUAAGUGUCAAAGGCUUUUAUUGACAAUUACAUUAAGUUUAUGCAAAUAAUCAAUAUUUGCAGUGUUGACCCUUCUUUUUCAAGACCUCUGCAAUCCGCCCUGGCAUGCUGUCAAUUAACUUCUGGGCCACAUCCUGACUGAUGGCAGCCCAUUCUUGCGUAAUCAAUUCUUGGAGUUUGUCAGAAUUUGUGGGUUUUUGUUUGUCCACCCACCUCUUGAGGAUUGACCACAAGUUCUCAAUGGGAUUAAGGUCUGGGGAGUUUCCAUGGACCCAAAAUGUCGAUGUUUUGUUCCCUGAGCUACUUAGUUAUCACUUUUGCCUUAUGGCAAGGUGCUCCAUCAUGCUGGAAAAGGCAUUGGUCAUCACCAAACUGUUCUUGGAUGGUUGUGAGAAGUUGCUCUCGGAGGAUGUGUUGGUACCAUUCUUUAUUCAUGGCUGUGUUCAAUUGUGAGUGAGCCCACUCCCUUGGCUGAGAAGCAACCCCACACAUGAAUGGUCUCAGGAUGCUUUACUGUUGGCAUGACACAGGACUGAUGGUAGCGCUCACCUUGUCUUCUAUGGACAAGGUGUUUUCCGGAUGCCCCAAAUAAUCGGAAAGGGGAUUCAUCAGAGAAAAUGGCUUUACCCCAGUCCUCAGCAGUCCAAUCCCUGUACCUUUUGCAGAAUAUCAGUCUGUCCCUGAUGUUUUUCCUGGAUAGAAGUGGCUUCCUCGCUGGCCUUCUUGACACCAGGCCAUCCUCCAAAAGUAUUUGCCUCACUGUGCGUGGAGAUGCACUCACACCUGCCUGCUGCCAUUCCUGAGCAAGCUCUGCACUGGUGGUGCCCUGAUCCCGCAGCUGAAUCAACUUUAGGAGACGGUCCUGGCGCUUGCUGGACUUUCUUGGGCGCCCUGAAGCCUUCUUCACAACAAUUGAACUUCUCUCCUUGAAGUUCUUGAUGAUCCGAUAAAUGGUUGAUUUAGGUGCAAUCUUACUAGCAGCAAUAUCCUUGCCUGUGAAGCCCUUUUUGUGCAAAGCAAUGAUGACGGCAUGUGUUUCCUUGCAGGUAACCAUGGUUAACAGAGGAAGAACAAUGAUUUCAAGCACCACCCUCCUUUUAAAGCUUCCAGUCUGUUAUUCUAACUCAAUCAGCAUGACAGAGUGAUCUCCAGCCUUGUCCUCGUCAACACUCUCACCUGUGUUAACGAGAGAAUCACUGACAAGAUGGCAGAUGGUCCUUUUGUGGCAGGGCUGAAAUGCAGUGGAAAUGUUUUUUUGGGAUUAAGUUAAUUAUAUAUAUAUAUAUAUGCAAAUUGCCAUCAUCACAACUGAGGCAACAGACUUUGUGAAAAUUAGUAUUUGUGUCAUUCUCCAAACUUUUGACCACGACUGUAGGCCAAAUCAACAGUCUAUUAUUAAUUAAUUCACUUAUGUUAUGGUUAACAAAACACUCAAAUGUUAUUCUGUUUCCUGCAGCCCUGAUUCUGGGAGUGGUGUUUGGGAUCACGGGAGCAAUCAUUAUUGGAGUCGUUGUUUUCCUGGUGAUGCAGAGCAAGUAAGUGAUGCAGUACAGUACAGUACGCAGUACAUUAUUCUCUGGUGAUACAGUACGCAGUACAUUAUUCUCUGGUGAUACAGUACGCAGUACAUUAUUCUCUGGUGAUACAGUACACUGUUCAUUAUUCUCUGGUGAUACAGUACGCUGUACAUUAUUAUCUGGUGAUACAGUACGCUGUUCAUUAUUCUCUGGUGAUACAGUACGCUGUUCAUUAUUCUCUUUAAUUAA